AUGACGUACGCUCUUCCAAAGUUGAUGCUACUGUUAUUAAGCCUGUGCUUCGGAAAACUAGAAGCCGUCACCUUUUUGGAUAACAAUUGCCAGGCAGGGUUUUCGCCGAUGAUGAUCAAUAGCAGGAAUGCCAAUCGAGCUCCAUGGAUGGCGUACCUAAUUAAAGAUGGGAAAUACAUAUGCGGUGGUUCUCUAGUUAAUCAUCAGUUCGUCCUGACAGCUGCUCAUUGUGCCAACUCUGUACAAAACUUGAUUGCAAGAUUGGGGGAGUAUGAUAGUUCGAUUGAAACGGAUGGCGAGACUUUAGAUAUCGGUGUCAGUAUAAUCUUUUUUGCACCACUGGGCCAGGACAUUUCCCUGCUUAAAUUGCUUACAAGAACUAAUUACACAGCAACCAUCAAGCCAAUCUGCAUUGUAUUAUGGACAUGCAAUGAGGAUUUACGAGAAUUACACUCUGUAAACAAGUAUAUUGUAACCGGCUGGGGUCAGAUUUCCCGCGUUAACAGGACAGCCUCCACCAUCCUCCAGGAAAUAUCGGUUUCGCGGAUCAAUCCCUCAUUAUGUGGCAACUUCUUUGGACAAAUUUGUUGCGAAAAUCCCUCGCAGUUUGUUUGUCACGGAGACUCUGGAAGUCCCCUUACUAGUGAACACAAAUAUAACCACGUCACUUCCACUGUUCUAUAUGGGGUUCUCAGUUCCGGCCACGAGAGGUGCUACGAUUAUGCCAGAUACGUGGAUAUCGCUCCGUAUACUCCUUGGAUCUAUUACAUUAUUAAAAGCUACUUUUAG